CCUCCUCCUCCACAGAGCCCCGCCCUUCACACGAACCGUCAGGGUUGACUCUUCAGGAUAGCCUCCGCUCCGUUAGCUUUCUGGGAAAAACUUCGCGAAAAUGGACACCGUUGGUAUCAAGGUGCUGGAAACGGCCGAAGACAUCCAGGAACGCCGGCAGCAGGUUCUGGACCGCUACCGGCGUUUCAAGGAGCUGUCGAUGGUCCGCCGGCAGAAGCUGGAGGACUCUUACCGCUUCCAGUUUUUCCGCCGGGAUGCUGAUGAACUGGAGAAAUGGAUCCAAGAGAAGCUGCAGAUCGCCUCCGACGAGAACUACAAGGACCCGUCCAACCUGCAGGGCAAACUGCAGAAGCACCAGGCCUUUGAAGCUGAGGUUCAAGCUAACUCUGAAGCCAUCAUCAAACUGGACGACACCGGAAACCUGAUGAUAACCGAGGGACACUUCGCCUCUGAGACCAUCCGGAACCGUCUGGAGGAGCUGCACCGUUUGUGGGAGCUCCUGCUGCAGAAGACCAAGGAGAAGGGCAUGCGUCUGCUGCAGGCCCAAAAACUGGUGCAGUACCUGCGAGAGUGUGAGGAUGCUCUGGGCUGGAUCAGUGACAAGGAGGCCAUCGUCACCUCUGAGGAGCUGGGUCAGGACCUGGAGCACGUGGAGCUCCUGCAGAAGAAGUUUGAGGAGUUCCAGACCGACCUGGCGGCUCACGAGGAGCGCGUCAACGAGGUGAACCAGCUGGCCGGGAAGCUGAUCCAGGAGGCCCACCCGGAGAACGAGCUGAUCGUCAGGAAGCAGGACGAAGUGAACGCAGCCUGGCAGCGCCUGAAGGGCCUGGCCCAGCAGAGGCAGGCCAAGCUGUUUGGGUCGGCCGAGGUGCAGCGCUUCAACAGGGAUGUGGAUGAGACCAUCAGCUGGAUCAAGGAGAAGGAGCAGCUGAUGGCCUCUGAUGACUUCGGCCGGGACCUGGCCAGCGUUCAGGCUCUGCUGAGGAAGCAUGAGGGUCUGGAGAGAGACCUGGCUGCUCUGAAGGACAAGGUGAACACGCUGGGCGGGGACGCAGAGCGCCUGCAGCAGACCCACCCUCAGAACGCUUCACAGAUCCACCUCAAGAAGGACGAACUCAUCACCAACUGGGAGCAGAUCCAGACUCUUGCUGCCGAACGCCGUGCCCGCCUCAACGACUCCUACCUGCUGCAGCGUUUCACCGCAGACUUCCGGGAUCUGACCAGCUGGGUGACAGAGAUGAAGGCACUGAUCAACGCCGACGAGCUGGCCAAUGACGUGGCCGGGGCCGAGGCUCUGCUGGACCGGCACCAGGAACACAAGGGUGAGAUCGACGCCCAUGAGGACAGUUUCAGAUCCACAGAUGAAGCCGGUAAGGCCCUCCUCAACGAAGGCCAUUACGCUUCAGAGGAGGUCAAGGAGAAGCUGGAGAUCCUGUCUAAGGAGAAGGAAUCUCUGCUGGAGCUGUGGGAGGUCCGCCGGCAGCAGUACGAGCAGUGCAUGGACCUGCAGCUCUUCUACAGGGACACUGAGCAGGUGGACAACUGGAUGAGCAAGCAGGAGGCUUUCCUGCUCAAUGAAGACCUGGGAGACUCCCUGGACAGCGUGGAGGCUCUGCUGAAGAAACACGAGGACUUUGAGAAGUCUCUGAGCGCCCAGGAGGAGAAGAUCACUGCUCUGGAUGAAUUUGCCACCAAACUGAUUCAAAACAACCAUUAUGCUAAAGAAGACGUGGCUACACGCAGAGACGCUCUCCUCAGCCGCAGGAACGCCCUGCACGAGCGCGCUCAGGCCCGCCGUGCCGCCCUGGAGGAUUCCUUCCACCUGCAGCAGUUCUUCAGGGACUCGGAUGAGCUGAAGAGUUGGAUCAACGAGAAGAUGAAGACGGCCACGGAUGAGUCCUACAAGGACCCCUCCAACCUGCAGGGGAAAGUGCAGAAACACCAGGCCUUCGAGGCCGAGCUGUCAGCCAAUCAGAGCCGCAUCGACGCCCUGCAGAAGUCCGGCCAGGAGCUGCUGGACAGGAAGCAUUACGCCUCUGACGAGGUGACGACUCGCAUGGAGGAGGUCAGCGGGCAGUGGAAGAAACUUCUGGAAGCCACGGAGCUCAAAGGCAUCAAGCUGCGUGAGGCCAACCAGCAGCAGCAGUUCAACAGGAACGUGGAAGACAUCGAGCUCUGGCUCUACGAGGUCGAGGGCCACUUGGCUUCUGACGACUACGGCAAAGACCUGACGAGCGUCCAGAACCUGCAGAAGAAACACGCCCUGCUGGAGGCCGACGUUGCCGCUCACCAGGACCGUAUCGACGGGAUAACCAUCCAGGCUCGGCAGUUCCAGGAGGCCGGCCACUUUGACGCAGACAACAUCCAGAAGAAGCAGGAGGCUCUGGUGGGCCGUUACGAAGCUCUGCGUGAGCCGAUGGCGGCCCGCAAACAGAAGCUGUCGGACUCGCUGCGACUGCAGCAGCUCUUCAGGGACGUGGAGGACGAGGAGACCUGGAUCAGAGAGAAGGAGCCCAUUGCCUCCUCCACUAACAGAGGCAAAGACCUGAUUGGAGUCCAGAACCUGCUGAAGAAGCACCAGGCUCUACAGGCUGAGAUCACAGGUCACGAGCCUCGGAUCAAAGCCGUGACCCAGAAAGGAGACACCAUGGUGGAGGAAGGUCACUUCGCUGGGGAGGAAGUCAAAGCGAAGUUGGCUGAGCUGCACGGACGUUGGGACACAUUGAAGGCCAAGGCGGGCCAGAGGAGGCAGGACCUGGAGGACUCUCUGCAGGCCCAGCAGUACUUCGCCGACGCCAACGAGGCCGAGUCCUGGAUGAGGGAGAAGGAGCCCAUAGUCGGGAGCCCGGACUACGGAAAAGACGAGGACUCUGCUGAGGCGCUGCUGAAGAAGCACGAGGCCCUGAUGUCGGACCUGACGGCUUACGGCAGCAGCAUCCAGGCUUUGAAGGAGCAGGCUCAGUCCUGCAGGCAACAAGUGGCUCCGACUGACGAUGAGACCGGGAAGGAGCUGGUUCUGGCCCUGUACGACUAUCAGGAGAAGAGUCCGCGGGAAGUGACGAUGAAGAAGGGCGACAUCCUGACUCUGCUCAACAGCACCAACAAGGACUGGUGGAAGGUGGAGGUCAACGACCGGCAGGGCUUCGUUCCGGCCGCCUACGUGAAGAAGCUGGACCCGACUCAGUCGUCUUCCAGGGAGAACCUGCUGGACGAACACGGCAGCAUCGCUGCUCGUCAGGAACAGAUCGAGAACCAGCUCGUCACCAAGGAGCCCUGCAGCGUCUCUGUGCGCAUGAAGCAGGUGGAAGAGCUGUACGGCACCCUGCUGGAGCUGGGAGAGAAAAGGAAGGACAUGCUGGAGAAGAGCUGCAAGAAGUUCAUGUUGUUCCGUGAAGCCAACGAGCUGCAGCAGUGGAUCCACGAGAAGGAGAGCGCCCUCACCAACGAGGAGGUCGGCUCCGAUCUGGAGCAGGUGGAGGUCCUGCAGAAGAAGUUUGACGACUUCCAGAAGGACCUGAAGGCCAACGAGUCCCGUCUGAGGGACAUCAACAAAGUGGCGUCUGAGCUUGAGUCUGAAGGUCUGAUGGCGGAGGAGGCCCCCAUGGUCCAGGCUCAGCAAACAGAGCUGCUUGGAUCUGCUCCUGGAAAGGACGACCCUGACUCUAAGAGUGCGUCACCGUGGAAGACCGUACGGUUGGGUGUCCAAACCACGGCUAACUUUAAUACCAUCAAGGAGCUGAACAAUCGCUGGCGUUCGCUGCAGCAGCUGGCCGAGGAUCGCAGCAACAUGCUGGGCAGCGCCCAUGAGGUGCAGCGCUUCCACAGGGACGCCGAUGAAACCAAAGAAUGGAUCGAGGAGAAGAACCAGGCGCUCAACACGGACAACUACGGCCACGAUUUGGCCAGCGUUCAGGCGCUGCAGCGCAAACACGAAGGCUUCGAGAGGGACCUGGCAGCUCUGGGCGAUAAGGUCAAAUCUCUGGGAGAGACGGCCGAGCGCCUGAUCCAGUCGCACCCUGAGGCUGUGGACGAUAUCCAGGAGAAAUGCACGGAGCUGAACACGGCCUGGAGCAGCCUGGUGGGGCGAGCCGACCAACGCAAGGAGAAGCUGGGGAACUCCCACGACCUGCAGCGUUUCUUGUCCGACUUCAGGGAUCUGAUGUCCUGGAUCAACGGGAUCCGAGGGUUGGUUUCCUCGGAGGAGCUGGCAAAAGACGUGACGGGAGCUGAAGCUCUGUUGGAGCGCCACCAGGAACACCGGACGGAGAUCGACGCUCGCGCCGGAACCUUCCAGGCCUUCGAACAGUUCGGCCAGCAGCUGCUGACCCGAGGUCACUAUGCCAGUCCUGAGAUCCAGCAGAAGCUGGAGGCUCUGGACCGGGAGCGUGCCGACCUGGAGAAGGCCUGGGUUCAGCGCCGCAUGAUGCUGGACCAGUGCCUGGAGCUCCAGCUCUUUAGCAGGGACUGUGAGCAGGCCGAGAACUGGAUGGCGGCUCGGGAGGCCUUCCUGGACAGCGAUGAUAAGGGCGACUCCCUGGACAGCGUGGAGGCUCUCAUCAAGAAGCACGAGGACUUUGACAAGGCCAUCAACGUUCAGGAGGAGAAGAUCGCCGCUCUGCAGUCCUUCGCCGAACAGCUGAUCGGAGCCGACCAUUACGCCAAAACCGACAUCUGCCGCCGGCGCAACGAAGUUCUGGAGAGGUGGCGCGCGCUGAAGAUCCAGAUGAUCGAGAAGCGUUCCAAGCUGGGAGAGUCCCAGACCCUGCAGCAGUUCAGCCGCGACGUGGACGAGAUCGAGGCCUGGAUCAGCGAGAAACUCCAGACGGCCUCCGAUGAGUCCUACAAGGACCCCACCAACAUCCAGCUGUCCAAGCUGUUGAGCAAACAUCAGAAGCAUCAGGCGUUCGAGGCCGAGCUCCACGCCAACGCCGACCGCAUCAAAGGAGUCAUUGACACAGGAAACGCCCUCAUCCAGAGGGGAGCGUGCGCCGGCAGCGAGGACGCCGUCAAGGCUCGGCUUAACGCUCUGGACGAGCAGUGGAGGUUCCUGGUCAAUAAAUCAGCAGAGAAGAGCCAGAAGCUGAAGGAAGCCAACAAGCAGCAGAACUUCAACACCGGCAUCAAGGACUUUGAUUUCUGGCUGUCUGAGGUUGAAGCUCUUCUGGCAUCGGAGGAUUACGGCAAAGAUCUGGCUUCAGUCAACAACCUGCUGAAGAAACAUCAGCUGCUGGAGGCUGACAUCUCUGCUCAUGAGGACCGUCUGAAGGACCUGAACGGCCAAGCCGACAGUCUGAUGGCCAGCAACGCCUUCGACACCUCGCAGGUGAAGGACAAACGCGACACCGUCAACGGCCGCUUCGCCAAGAUCCAGAGCAUGGCCGCCGGCCGCCGCGCCAAACUCAACGAGUCGCACCGCCUGCACCAGUUCUUCAGGGACCUGGACGACGAGGAGUCCUGGAUCAAGGAGAAGAAGCUGCUGGUUGGAUCAGAGGAUUACGGACGUGAUUUGACAGGAGUUCAGAAUCUGAGGAAGAAGCAUAAGAGGCUGGAAGCUGAGCUGGGAGCGCACGAGCCGGCCAUCCAGUCUGUGUUGGACACUGGGAAGAAGCUGUCUGAUGACAACACCAUUGGUCAGGAGGAGAUCCAGCAGAGGCUGGCCCAGUUCGUGGACCACUGGAAGGAGCUGAAGGAUCUGUCUGGAGCAAGGGGAAAGAGGCUGGAGGAGUCGCUGGAGUACCAGCAGUUCGUGGCGAACGUGGAAGAGGAGGAAGCUUGGAUCAAUGAGAAGUUGAAUCUGGUUGGAAGCGAAGAUUAUGGCGAUACGCUGGCAGCGGUUCAGGGUCUGCUGAAGAAACACGAGGCGUUUGAGACGGACUUCACCGUGCAUCGGGACAGAGUCAACGACGUCUGCGCCAACGGAGAGGAGCUCAUCAAGAAGAACAACCAUCACGUGGACAACAUCCGCGCCAAGAUGGCCGCCCUGAGGGGGAAGGUGUCUGAGCUGGAGAGGGCGGCGGCUCAGAGGAAAGCCAAGCUGGACGAGAACUCGGCCUUCCUGCAGUUCAACUGGAAGGCCGAUGUGGUGGAGUCCUGGAUCGGUGAGAAGGAGAACAGCCUGAAGACGGACGACUACGGCAGAGACCUUUCCUCUGUUCAGACUCUGCUCACCAAACAGGAGACCUUUGACGCUGGUCUGCAGGCCUUCCAGCAGGAAGGGAUCACCAACAUCACGGCUCUGAAGGACCAGCUCCUGGCUGCCAAACACGUGCAGUCCAAAGCCAUCGAGGCCCGGCACGCCGCUCUGAUCAAACGCUGGAACCAGCUGCUGUCCAACUCCGCUGCUCGCAAGAAGAAGCUUCUGGAAGCUCAGGAGCAUUUCAGGAAGGUCGAGGACCUCUUCCUGACCUUCGCUAAGAAGGCCUCGGCCUUCAACAGCUGGUUUGAGAACGCAGAGGAGGAUCUGACCGACCCGGUGAGAUGCAACUCUCUGGAGGAGAUCCGGGCGCUGCGUGAGGCCCACGAGGCGUUCCGCUCCUCGCUCAGUUCCGCUCAGGCCGACUUCAACCAGCUGGCCGAGCUGGAUCAGCAGAUCAAGAGCUACCAGGUGGUGUCCAACCCCUACACCUGGUUCACCAUGGAGGCGCUGGAGGAGACCUGGAGGAACCUGCAGAAGAUCAUCAAGGAACGAGAGCUGGAGCUGCAGAAAGAGCAAAGGAGGCAGGAGGAGAACGACAAGCUGCGACAGGAGUUCGCUCAGCACGCCAACGCUUUCCACCAGUGGCUGCAGGAGACCAGGACGUAUCUUCUGGACGGGUCCUGUAUGGUGGAAGAGUCUGGAACUCUGGAGUCACAGCUGGAGGCCACAAAGCGUAAGCACCAGGAGAUCCGGGCCAUGCGCAGCCAGCUGAAGAAGAUCGAGGAUCUGGGAGCGGCCAUGGAGGAAGCUCUCAUCCUGGACAACAAGUACACGGAGCACAGCACCGUGGGCCUGGCCCAGCAGUGGGACCAACUGGACCAGCUGGGAAUGAGGAUGCAGCACAACCUGGAGCAGCAGAUCCAGGCCCGAAACACAACCGGAGUCACAGAGGAGGCGCUGAAGGAGUUCAGCAUGAUGUUCAAGCACUUCGACAAGGAGAAGUCGGGUCGUCUGAAUCACCAGGAGUUCAAGUCGUGUCUGCGCUCGCUGGGCUACGACCUGCCCAUGGUGGAGGAAGGAGAACCGGAUCCUGAGUUCGAGGCUAUCCUCGACACGGUGGAUCCCAACAGGGACGGGAACGUGUCGCUGCAGGAGUACAUGGCCUUCAUGAUCAGCCGUGAGACGGAGAACGUCAAGUCCAGCGAGGAGAUCGAGAGCGCCUUCCGGGCUCUGAGCGCGGAAAACAAACCCUACGUCACCAAAGAGGAGCUGUACCAGAACCUGACCAAGGAGCAGGCCGACUACUGCCUGUCGCACAUGAAGCCGUACCUGGACAGCAAGGGCCGCGAGCUGCCGUCAGCGUUCGACUUCGUGGAGUUCACCCGCUCGCUCUUCGUCAACUGAUCCCGCCCCCUUCCCCAGGGACCAAUCAGAAUGCGUUUACCCUCACACCCCAACACGCCCGGCUGAUGCAUGUUUGACACUGAAGCGCUCACCUCCGUGUCCGUCUGUCGUAUUUAUCUGCUUUCUGCUCAUAGUGAAACUUCUGCUUUUAAACUGUGUGCUUAAAU